UCUUCUACUUCAAGUACAACCGCUGGUUUUUUAAGGUUGUUGGAGGCUACUAUCAGCUGGUAUGGUGAAUGCAUUCUCCCUCCUAAAUGAUGUAGACCUUCACUUGCGUCGUACGUAGUUCUCUCAGGCGGUAAUUCUAACUUAACCCAUAUUCGUAUUCGUAUUCCACCCACCCAUCAAAAGCAGGACGUUGGAGCUUUUACAGAGAUAAACCCCCCUGCACUGAUGCUUCAGUUCUCUCUUCAUCAGAUGCUCUGUUACAUCAACCCAAUCGCUCUUCCUCAGAUCCCCAGUUCCUCUUAUAACGAAGCUCUCUCUCUCUCUCUCUCUCUCUCUCUCUCUCUCUCUCUCUCUCUCUCGGAAGCCGUCAUGCCGUUCAGUUUGGUCUCGACAUGGAACAAGCGACGGAGAAGCAAAUCCCUGGAACAGGCGGACCCCUGGACCUAUAAGCCGGUGAAGCUCUGGCAGCUCGAAUAUCAAUCUCAACCAACCUCAAAGAGGCGCAAUGGCUCGUCCGUAUUCACUCUGAAAGAAAUGGAAGAGGCGACAUCAUCUUUUGACGAUGCUAACUUGGUAGGGAAAGGAGGGUUUGGAAGAGUUUACAAGGGGAUUCUCAGGUCAGGACAGGUACAAGGCAAAGAGCGUAAUUUUAGGUUUCUUGCCGAGGUGGUUGCCAUCAAGAAAAUGGAGCUGCCACCAUCUAAAGAAGCUGAUGGAGAACGGGAGUUCCGGGUGGAAGUUGAUAUCUUGAGCCGCCUCGAUCACCCCAACCUGGUGUCAUUAAUCGGCUAUUGUGCUGAUGGAAAGCAGAGGUUCUUGGUGUAUGAAUAUUUGCCAAAUGGGAACCUGCAGGAUCACUUAAAUGGAAUUGGGGAUUCAAAGAUGGAUUGGCCUUCGAGGCUCCAAGUAGCAAUAGGAGCAGCAAAGGGGCUGGCCUAUCUCCAUUCAGGUUCGGCUGUGGGAAUCCCGAUUGUCCACAGAGAUUUCAAAUCUACCAACGUACUUCUAACGGCUGAUUUUGAGGCAAAGGUAAGCCAGAUAUCCGAUUUUGGACUCGCCAAGCUGAUGCCCAAGGGCCAGGAAAUAUGUGAGACUGCCAGAAUGCUUGGUACGUUCGGCUAUUUCGAUCCUGAGUAUACAUCGACAGGAAAACUCACACUGCAAAGUGACGUGUACGCUUUUGGUGUGGUGCUCCUCGAACUCUUGACCGGACGUAGAGCAUUGGACUUAAAUCAGGGUCCAACUGAUCAGAAUCUAGUACUUCAGAAAAUCUACUUUGAGUUGCAGGUAAGGAAUUUACUGAACAGCCGGAAAAAAUUGCGGAAGAUUAUGGAUCCAGACCUCACUCAAAAUUCAUACACACUGGAGUCCGUAGCCAUGUAUGCUAACCUAGCAUCACGCUGUGUCCGACCUGAAAGUAGUGAGAGGCCAUCCAUGGGGGAAUGUGUAAAGGAACUUCACCUAAUAUCCUUCAUUAACUCGAAAGGUUUGGGCACAGCUGUGAACAAACGUGAAUUGAUCUAAGAUAUGAGAUCUCUCCCGACAAAAAAAUGAUAUGAUAAUGUCUACAAAGGAACAUGACCUCUUUUGCUACAAGAACACUUUUUGGGCCUCCAUGAGCCUAAGAUUCUUGAAGGAGUGUUUAGUUAUCCUCUGUGAAGAGAGAGCACAAGCUGCGUGCUAUGCACAACAUAAUCGAAAGAAAGUUUAAGAAAGAUUUUGGGCUACAUUGUAAUGAAUCUAGGAAGCGUUUGAAUUAUUAAGUCUAGGCUAGGUAUAAGAUGCCUGUAUUUAUUUCUUUCACCCUACUGCCAGCUUCAAGUUGAACUAUCUGUACAGUGGCAAGUUUAUUUGGAAUGCAUAUAACCAUUAUUUUCUUCACA